AGUUGAUGACUACCCAAAGAGCUAAUGGGGCCAUGCUGGGCAUCUCAGAGCAGAUCCUUAAUCCAGAUAAAUAAGCACUAAUUAAAAGUGUUUCACAAAAGAGGCAAGUGGGAGGUACAGUUCUUCCUCGGGGGCGGGGAGUCAGGAACCUUUCCGGCUGGGAAGUUAUCUACACGUGGCAGGACUGUUCCCUGCCCAUAAGUUAUCCACUCGAGGCAGCUUUGUGUACCCAGUGAGAGCUGUCUUUUCCUGUCAGGAUGAGCCUGCCAGAAAACCAGAUCAAGGAGCCCGGCAAGCAGUUUCAGCCCACAAAAUCGCUCAAGGAGUCCAGCCUUGAGUCUCUGCCCGGAAACCUAUUCAAGGAGCCCAGCCAGGAGUCCCGGAUCCUGUGCCCUGACCCGGACAUCGUUGUGGAGCUGAAUGUAGGGGGCCAGUUCUACACCACCACCAUGGGCACCCUGAUGAAACAUCCAGGCUCAAAGUUUUCAGAGAUACUGUCCAGGUCAGCCAAACACUACAAGGAUGCACAGGGCCGCUUCUUCAUCGACCGGCCCGGCACCUACUUUGGGCUUCUCUUGGACUACCUACGCACUGGACAGACGCCCACAGAGUACAUUCCGGAGGUAUACCAAGAAGCUAAGUUCUACCAAAUCCAUCUCUUGGUCAAGCUUUUGGAAGAUAAGCCACAGAUCUUCGGUGAACAGGUGGCUAGGAUGCAGUUCCUGAUGGGAGUUCCGAACUACCGCGAAAACCUGGAGGUCCUGCUGCACCUGGCUCGGGCCGAGGCCGUGGCGAUGCGCUCGUCAAAGGUGGUGGUGUGUGUGGUGCGCACGGAGGAGGAUGAUGCCAAGUGCACGGAGCCACUGCACAUCUUGGAGGCCAAAAAGACACCAGUUGUCAAAUUCGGACCCUGGAAGGCAGGCCCUGUGACGGAGGACUUUCUGUACUGCCUGGAGAAGGACAUUAGAGCCAAGGGGUAUACGGUGGCCUCUCAGCGGUACCACCUGAGUAGGGAUCCCUACACAUGCUUCUGGAUACUCGUCUUCACUUGGUGGUGAUUGCUAGAGGCUGUGGUGGGACUCGUGAAAUCAGUCGCCAUCAAAAUCCACGUUCUAAAGCUGAGCCUGUAGUUCCGGAGCUUGGAAGGCUGAGAUAAGAAGACUGUCGUGAGUUUGAGGCCAGUCUGGUAUACAGACUGGGACCCUAUUGAAAUGGCUCAGGAGAAGUCAGGCUACCCUGUCUCCACACCUGCUAGACGCCACAUCCUCCUAGACAGAACAAAGUAAAGUUUCUUCCAUCUUCCAAGAAAUAAAGCUUGUAAAAUGUUGAGCAGAUCAAAGGGUUCUUCCUGCCUUGCUGGGAAAUAACCCUGAUGUAAAAACUCUUCUAGCCUGGACCUAAUGUCAUGGUUUUUGUCUUUAUAAACUCUGUAGUGCUUAACUUGGGACCAAGAGUUCUUUGUGGCAGGAUUCUGACAUCAGUCAUCAGAUUAAAUAAAGAACUCUUAGCUGG